UACAUCGCAUGCACAACUUGUGAAAGGAGUUAUGUUUCGUACAUGAUUGACACAAAGUUUAGAUAACAAUUUUGUUUUGAAAUGUCUUUCGUAUUUGAACAAUACGUAUGACGGACGAUAAAAGAUAAUAAACAAAAGUUUCAAACGAAAAGAAAGUGUGAGACAAAUGGUUUACCAACGUGGAAAUCAGAGGGAUAGUUCCCCACAUUAUGUCUUUUUAUAUUCAGAUGAUGAAAAUAGUGGAGAUGAAGAAACCAUUCCUUUGCAACAACGUAAUAAAUCAACAUCAAUACCACGUAAAGUGGAGGUGAUAAAUGUCCUACUAAAAUCAGAAGACACGUUACAAGCUUUGGCAUUACGGUAUAGGUGCACGAUAUCCGAGUUGAAGAGGAUUAACAAGAUUCAUAAAGAAAAUGAAAUUCAUGCAAGACGAUUCAUCAAAGUACCUAUACAACCAUUUUCUCUAUUAACUGAGACUUUAGAAGAAAAUCAGAAUGCACAGGCUGAUGGAAAUGAAGUAAGUAUAUCCACCCCUGGAGAAGAACCAGAAAAUGCACCAAUAAAAGACCCAUUAUUAAAUGUGAUGAAAAAUCCUGUUGUGAUUGAAUUGCCAAAGGCAGAAAUUAAUACAAUUAUAUUAAAUUCAGUUUGUGAACCAUUGUCAUCAUACAACAGUAAUAACUCUUUAGAGACUGCCAACUCGGAAUGUGAUCAAUUACUUACCUCAGCAGAGAGUAAUACAGAAAAACUUCAUUUAACAGAUACAUUUAGGUGUUCUGGUGAUGAUUGUGGAUUAUCAUGGACACAGCUCCUUGGAUUUUCCCUAUUGCUAGGCUUUGCAGGGCCUAUUAUAUAUAUACUUUAUAUAGCUGAAUUUUCUACUAAAAAUCAUUCAAUUGCUAAUCAUUAGUUUCUUUCUUUUUAAAUACAAAAGUAUAUGAUUGUUACAAUACGUACAAACUGUUGUACUUAUAAGA